AUGGCCUCAGGACGCCAGAAUGGUUUUAGUCAAGGGAAAUCUUGCUUGACAAACUUGCUGGAGUUCUACAAGAAGAUGACAAAUCCAACGCGAGAGAGGGCUGGGUGGACUGCACAUUCCUUGACUGUCAGAAGGCAUGUGAUACGAUCCCACGUCCAAGACUCCUACUCAAACUACAAAAUCAGGCUGGUGUAUCUGGAAGAGUCCCAAGUCCACACUCAGCCCACACUCAGUCCACACUCAGCCCACACUCAGCCCACACUCAGCCCACACUCAGUCCACACUCAGUCCACACUCAGUCCACACUCAGUCCACACUCAGUCCACACUCAGCCCACACUCAGUCCACACUCAGCCCACACUCAGCCCACACUCAGCCCACACUCAGCCCACACUCAGCCCACACUCAGCCCACACUCAGCCCACACUCAGUCCACACUCAGUCCACACUCAGCCCACACUCAGCCCACACUCAGCCCACACUCAGCCCACACUCAGCCCACACUCAGCCCACACUCAGCCCACACUCAGCCCACACUCAGCCCACACUCAGCCCACACUCAGCCCACACUCAGCCCACACUCAGCCCACACUCAGUCCACACUCAGUCCACACUCAGUCCACACUCAGCCCACACUCAGUCCACACUCAGCCUACACUCAGCCCACACUCAGUCCACACUCAGCCCACACUCAGCCCACACUCAGCCUACACUCAGCCCACACUCAGUCCACACUCAGCCCACACUCAGCCCACACUCAGCCCACACUCAGCCCACACUCAGCCCACACUCAGCCCACACUCAGCCCACACUCAGCCCACACUCAGUCCACACUCAGUCCACACUCAGCCCACACUCAGCCCACACUCAGCCCACACUCAGCCCACACUCACACUAACAAAACAUUGGUAG